AUGUCAAAUAAAGUUCCAGCCUUAAUAACACUUGGAGUAGAUAGAUAAGAUCUCUAAAAAUUUGAUGAUAAGAUGCAAUUAGGAAACGAGGAAUUCAAAAUUUCAGGUGUUAAAGUUAGUCUAAAUGAAACCUAAAUAUGCGGAAUCGCUUUUACUUAUUAAAAUAUAUAAAAUGGAAGAAAAAUAAUCUGUAAUGACACCUGCAUAACUGGGAAAAACAUCAGUCAAUAUGAAUUUGAAAUAGGUCCAAAUGAUUAUAUUUAAGUUCUUUUCGGAUAUUACGAAUCUGGGAUUACUUAAAUAGGAAUAAUAACUUAUAAGGGAUAACAAGCUAUCUUCGGAAAAGAUUAGGGUUACAAAUUUAAUUACAUGUUUAUGGGCUAUACAUUUACAGGAUGUUCUGGUUCUUAUAAAAAAGGAUGCCUAGAAUCCCUUACUUUCAAAGUAACCAAGUUACCUAGAGAAUUUUUGACUUAACAAUUCUCUCCUUUGCUUGAAAUCAUCUACCCAAGUAAUCCAUAUGAAAACAUUGUUCUGACUAAUUUUGAGCAAGAAUCACGAUACUAAUAUGAGUAACAACCUUAGACUGUAAUGUAACCUGUAGUUUCAUCUGAAUUGAUAUAUUCAAUGAAGCAAAAUCAGACACCCUAAUUACAAUAAGGUUAUCCAAUUUAGAAUCAAAUUAAUGCCCCAAAUUAGAUUCCUCCUUAUGGAAAUCCUUACUAAUAGCCUAAUCAAUAUUAAACAUACUAAUAAUAUCCAAAUAAUUAAUAAUACUACCCUACGACAUAAUAAGGACCCAAUCAAGUUAUUGUAGUAAAUUCACAAUAAUAACCAUAAUAAUAAUAAUAAUAAUCCUAUCAAAAAUAAGGUCCUGGAUUUGCAGGUACAAUGGCUAGAACUGCUUUAGGAACCUUUGCAGCUAUUGAGACUGUUAGGAUGAUUGAAAAUAUUGGACAUCAUCACCAUCAUCAUUCAGCAAAUGUUGUUGUAGUUGGUAAUAAACACCAUGGACAUCAUCAUCACAGAAGAUGA